AUGGACUAUUUACGUCUGUUGUUUUUGUCAUCGGCUACCUUCAAUUUUCGUUUGAAGGCUUUCCAUGUAGCUGGUGCUCAGAAUGUCCUUGCUGACGACAUAUCACGUCUUCAUUCAAGACAACACUUAUUAUCAUUUUUGCACUUUUUGCAGCUCAACUCACUGACUUCAGUCUGUGAUUUGGUUGCCAUCAAUCAUAUGCCACCUAUGCUGAGAAUGCAAAAAAAGGGCUAUCGCACGCAUGGCAAGGCUUAUGAAUGUUUUUGUAGCCAGAUGUCUUCGCCAUUUGUGCCUGCCUCCACAGAUUUUUUAUGCCUAUAUAUUGCCCAUUUGGCUAGGUUUUUACUACCACAAUCAAUUUGUAUGUAUCUAAAUUUUGUUGGCCUUCUACAUCUUGAGAUGGGAUAUGCUAAUCCUCUAACCAACAAUUGGACACUAUCCACAGUUUUAAAAGGUAUGAAGCGUAUGCUUGGUGUUCCGGCCAAGCCACGUCUUCCUAUUACCACUGCUCUUCUUUUUGGUAUUCGUUCUCGCCUUAACCUAAAUUGUAGCUUUCAUGCUUCAUUUUGGGCUGUUUGUUUAGUUUCAUUUUUUGGUCUGUUCCGUAAGUCACAUUUAUUGCCGACAUCUUCUACGAUAUUUAAUCCGCUCAAACAACUAGUUCGGUCUGAUUUUACUUUUCAUGAUGACCAUAUUCUCGUUCUAGUUAGAUGGAGUAAGACCAUCCAACUGGGACAGCGCACAAUUACUUUUCCACUGGUGGCUAUUCCUUCUUCUCCUCUUUGUCCAGUUCGGGCUAUUUUGCAUGCUUUUUCUCUCACUCCAGGUGUUCUGCCUGAUGCUCAAGCCUUUUGUUGGAGCAAAUCCUCGAUGCGACCCAACACUAUAUUGACAUAUCGGACUUUCAUGUCCGUUAUGAAAAAAGUGUUGACAGAGUUAGGGUGUUCUACCUCCCGAUAUGGUACCCACUCGUUUCGCCGUGGGGGGGGCACCUUUGCUUUAGAGGCAGGUGUUCCCCUGGAUGUCAUAUCCUUAUUGGGGGACUGGAAAUCUGAUAGUAUGUUUCUUUAA